AUGGCAAUCUCGACGUUCAUCAUCUCUUUGCUGGGCUGCAUGGCUUCGGUGUUUAUGGAGCACUACGCGUCAACCCUGGACAGCUUCCCGCUGACGGUGGUCAUCGAGGUAGCGCUACAAGUUCUGCGAUUGCUGCCUUCCUUUUCGUACUCCAGGGGCAUGACGAAGCUGUUGCAGCUUGCCAGUGAGAACUUCAUCUGCCGCAACGGUGGACAAGUGCUCGAGGCCGCCUGCUUCGCCAAGACCGCCGAGUCAAAGCUCUCGUUGAAACAAUGCUGUGCGCGCGUAUACUUCCCAGAGAAAACGUCAGAACCGAAGAUGAUAUCAACUUCUUCACAGGCUGCCAAGCGCGAGGACACGGACGUAUACAAGGAGGACAAGCUGAUCACUGGCAUACUCUACCAGCGCCUGCCGCCGCCACAGGGAGUCAGCCCAGCAAUGAUUGUCUGCCGAUUGGAGAAGGCGUACGGCUACGUCGACACCAACGUGGUGCUGAAGGGCCUGAGUUUCACCGUAAGACCCUCCGAGUGCUUCGGUCUCCUUGGCGUCAACGGUGCCGGUAAAACGACUACGUUCAAGAUACUCACGGGCGAGGUACUUCCGCACAAUGGCGACGCCUUCGUUAACGGAUUCUCAGUCGUGAACGACGUGACCCAGUUCCGUCGCUACCUGGGCUACUGUCCCCAGCGCGAUGGACUUUUAGACUCGCUGACUGGCGUGGAGACCCUGAUCUUGUACACCCGACUGCGUGGCAUCGCGCUCACCCAGGAGUACCUCAACACGCUGCUCUCUAUUUUUCACCUGGAGGACAUCGCUGACCAGCUUGUGUCGAGAUACAGUGCCGGCAACCGGCGCAAGUUGUCCAUGUGCAUCUCGAUGAUCGGCAUGCCUAAUGUGCUGCUCCUGGACGAACCCUACGCUGGCGUUGGGACCACAUCGCGGAAGCGCAUCGUGAAUUACCUCAGCGCACUCCAGCGUGUCGCCAAGAUGUCCAUCGUGCUGACCUCGCACAGCCUUUCGGACGUGGAGUUUCUCUGCAACCGCGUCGCCAUCCUGGGGAAGGGAAAGCUGCAAUGCCUCGGCUCGGUGGCGCACCUCAAGGAUAAGUUCGGCAAGGGCUACACCAUCACGGUGAAGACGUACCCGGAUAAGAAGGAAGACAUUCUCUACCAUCAAGACGUGGCACAUGCCGUGCUCAAGAACUUCCGCGAUGCGGAGCUCGUCCACAGCUUCGAGGGCUUGCUCGAGUUCCGGAUGUCCCGAAUCCAAAUGCUGUGGAGUGAAAUGUUCACGCGCAUGUCUCGCAUCAAGAAACGCUUCAAGUUGCAAGACUUCUUCAUCACAGACACAUCGUUGGAGCAGAUAUUCCUCAGCGUUACGCGGAAGGAGGCCAGUGAGGCAGCCGCCAAGGAAGCCGCCAAGGCGAUCGAGCCCACGGCCAACGCACUUGCGACUACCAUUGGGAUUUUAUGAGUUGCUCAGUAAAG